AAACUAUUUGAAAGCAGAACCCCCGCAUGAAAUAGGAAUCAGCGUGUGAAAAUUGGACAUUGAACGCAUUGGAACCUGCAGGAGAUAUGGCCUUGGUGUGUGUGGAGGACUUUGAGAAGAAGGCCGUUGUCCAGUUAGAGAAGAAUGCACUGGACUACUAUCGCAGUGGGGCCGGUGAGCAAUUCACGUUGGGACUGAAUCGUGAAGCAUUCCGCCGGCUGCGUCUGCGUCCGCGUUGUCUGAGGGACGUUUCCCGCCUGGACAUUGGCUGCAAAAUCCUCGGAGAGCAGAUGAAAUGGCCGCUGGGCAUUGCUCCCACUGCAAUGCAGAAGAUGGCCCACCCGGAUGGCGAGGUCGGUAAUGCCAGGGCGGCCGGGAAAGCUGGCUCGAUCUUUAUACUCAGCACUCUGUCUACCACUUCCCUUGAGGAUCUGGCAGUUGGUGCCCCGGACACCGUCAAGUGGUUCCAGCUUUACAUCUACAAAGAUCGAACCAUAACAGAAAAACUGGUGCGUCGUGCCGAGAAGGCCAACUUCAAAGCCCUCGUCCUGACCAUCGAUGCACCCAUCUUUGGACACCGUCGUGCCGAUGUGCGCAACAACUUUAGCCUGCCAUCACACCUGACACUGGCCAAUUUCCAGGGUGUUAAGGCCACAGGUGUGGGUAACGCCACCAUGGGCGCCUCAGGCAUCAACGAGUACGUGUCCAGCCAGUUUGAUCCCACCAUUACCUGGAAGGAUAUUGCCUGGCUGAAAAGCAUCACCCAUUUGCCCAUUGUGGUGAAGGGUGUGCUGACUGCCGAGGAUGCGGUGCUGGCCAGGGAGUUCGGAUGCGCCGGACUCAUUGUGUCCAACCACGGAGCACGUCAAAUCGACACGGUUCCGGCCUCGAUUGAAGCUCUGCCGGAGAUUGUGAAAGCCGUGGGCGAGGAUCUAGUGGUUAUGAUGGACGGAGGCAUUAUGCAGGGCAAUGACAUAUUUAAGGCUCUGGCUCUUGGAGCGAAAACUGUCUUUGUGGGUCGUCCAGCUAUCUGGGCUCUAGCCUACAACGGCCAGAAGGGCGUGGAGGAAAUGCUUAGUGUGCUCAGAAAAGAUUUCGAGAUCACCAUGGCGCUGAUCGGUUGCCAAACUCUAAAGGACAUCCAAUCGUCAAUGGUAGUUCAUGAGUGGCAAUAUGCCAAGCUAUAAACUGUAAUCAAAAAUUUAUAUUCUUAUCGUUAUGACCCAUCAAAAUUGUCAAUAAAAAUAA